AUGAAUUAAGGAGAGCAUCUCAAUUAAGAAGAUGAUCAAAAAUUCACAGAAGGAGAUUAAACAUUCAUAAAUGAAUAGACAGAUGAUGAUAAAAGAUUCUCUAAUACUGUAGUAGAUAGGUAGGAAUAGGGAGGGUUGGAAGCUUUGUUGGUAAGUAUUAAUAUCAAUUGAAUUAGGAAUUGGAUUAUAGAAAUAAAUUAGAAUUUUUAAGUUCAGAAGAGAAAAAUAUAUUUUCAGAGUUUAUUGUUAUCUGUUAGAUUAGAAAGGAUAAAUAUAUAAGUGAAUAAGAUCCGCAUCUUUAAUUUUUGAUGGAAAAAGCAAUGUACAAGGGUGUAUAAAAGAUUCUAAUAAAAGCUUAGAAAAUUUAAGAUAAAGAACAAUGGCAAGUAUCAAUGAUUAUGAUAUUAGAAAGAACAAUAAUAAUUGAUGAGACUUUUCUAUUCAGAUAUGAAUAUUGGUUUUAUUACAUCAACAGGGUAAUUAAAAUCAACAAUAUUCAUCUAUGUCCAUUAAUCUAUAUCAAGUUGUUUAGACAAUAGAUAGAUAAAUUUGAAUUUUAAUAAAGAAGAUCUAAAAAUUAUAGCCAAUUAUUUUUCAAUUGAUGAACGGAACAAAUCCAGCAAAUCAAGUCCAGAAUUCACAUCACCUAUAUUGACUAAAUAGAAAUCAGAAAAAGAGUAAUUUAAACAAAAUAGUGCAGGUUCAAAGACAAUAUCCUAAAAUGAAUGUGAAGUAGAAAAUUAAUUAAAAAGAAGUUUACCUCUAUGUCAUCAAAGUAAUUGGCUUAAAUAAGAAUUUAUUAAAAAAGAUUACUUUAAAAAGUAAUUCCUAAUCUUACAAAAAACAAAUGAAAAUGAACUUAAAUCUGGAGUUCAAAUCUUUUUUGUUUAUAGAAUAAAAGAUGAUCAAAUUUAUGCAGUUAAAAAAGUAUAAUUAAUUAAUUUCUAUUAUAUAGUCUUAAUUAGCUUCAAAUGUAAUUUCCUUUUUUGAUGUAUUUUCGACAGUAAAUCUAUCAGAAAUUACAAAUGAUUAAAGAAAAAUUAGAGAAGCUAAAAUUUUAUCUAAACUCAACCAUCCAAAUGUUCUAACUCUUUAUGAUUGGUGGAUAGAAGAAGAAGAAUCAGGCUAUUCACUUUAUUUGAUGUCUGAAUAUUGUUCUUAUCCUGGACUUAAACAUUAAACUAAUGAUUUACUCAAUUAUGCUUAUUAUUAUCUAAAUCCAAUGAAUUGUAAAGAAAAAAUAGAAUAAAUCAAAACAAUUAUGUUGUAAAUUAUGGAUGGAUUAGAAUAUAUACACAAAAGAGGUAUUGUACAUAGAGAUCUUAAACCUGAAAAUAUAUUUGUUACAUAUGGAAUUGAUUGUUAACUUUAAGUUAUGUUAGCUGAUUUUGAUUAAGGAAAAGAUGUAAGGGAAUCCAAAUUAUCUAUUAUAACAGAUGAAAAACUAAAUGACUAAGAUCUCAAUUCUAUUAAAUCAAGAAAUACUAUUAAUUCAGGCACUAGUGGUUAUGCAACAGCAAAUUCAUAAAUUAAUAAGGAAUAUGAUAAAAUGGAUGAAUUUUAUGCUUUAGGUGUAACAUUACUUCAUUUAAUAUUGGCUUUUCCUGGAUAACCCAAAAAUCGCAAUCUUUAUACAAAUACAUUUGCUAUUAGUGAUAUUUCUGAUGUUCUUCUUUUAUUUGAUAGUUGGGCUGUUAAAUUAGUUAAAAAUAAACAUCCUGAAUUUAAUUUUCAAUAAUAUUUUCAUCUUAUGGAACUUGCAAAGGCAUUACUUGAAAAAAAAAUAAAGGAACAUGAUCAUAUAAGAAAAAUCAUACAAAGUUGGUGA